AUGUGGUGCAGGGUAUAUGGAUGGUUGUUGUACAUUAAGGUGCUGUCAAAUAGCAACACUUAUGUAUAUAUAGGGUUUUGGGUUUAUUCUCACUUUCGAAGUUUAGACUUGUAAAAAGUUUCCGGAGAAUCAUGGCGGCCAAUUCUUCUCCGUUCAAGAUAAUUUUGGGAUCGUCUUCAGUAGCACGUCGGAAAAUAUUGGCUGAAAUGGGAUACGAUUUUGCAAUCAUGACUGCAGACAUUGACGAAAAGAGUAUCCGAAAGGAGAUUCCAGAAGAGUUGGUUGUGGCUCUUGCUGAGGCCAAGGCUGAAGCCAUCAUAUCAAAAUUAGAAUCUUUGGAUAAUCAAAACAAGGAUGACAACGCAACAUUAUUGAUUGCAGCGGAUACAGCAGCAGCCAUCCUUCCAAGGAUCCCCACUGGUGACUACAUAAAUGCUGUCGAGCCAACACUGUUAAUUACUGCAGAUCAAGUGGUGGUCUAUGAAGGUGUAAUCAGGGAAAAACCUUCCAGCAAGGAAGAGGCUCGAAAAUUUAUGAAAGAUUACUCUGGGGGCCAGGCUGCCACAGUUAGCUCAGUGUUUGUUUCAAACCUCAAAACUGGAUUUAGAAAAGGAGAUUGGGACCGGGUGGAGAUCCAUUUCCAUGAAAUACCUGAUGAUGUUAUUGAGAAAUUGAUUGACGAGGGAACUGUUCUUUACGUUGCUGGUGGAUUGAUAAUAGAGCAUCCUUUAAUUCUGCCGUUAGUAAAGAAAGUGGUUGGAACAACUGAUAGCGUGAUGGGACUCCCGAAAGCACUCACUGAGAGACUUUUAAAAGAGGCUCUCUAGUUUCCGUCAACUUGUUCCCUUGUUUCGUUUACUUGGUAUGUAUCUAAUUUGAACUCCAUUCUCUAUUAAUUGCUCCCCUCCUUUGAAGCAUAUUGGAGAGUGGAAAUGACUACUUAUUGGCUGCCUUUCUAAAUACACAGACUCUGCAACAUCAAGGCAAGUUAUUAUUUCUUGUGUUGAGGAGCAUAACAGGCUUUUAACUUUGUGAAAUUAUAUUGUAUUGUCGACAACCUACACUAAGAUAGGCUAUGAAGAUUUAUGUUAGAUUUUAUUAGUCUUAUCCUA